AUUCUUCUUUCUUCAUCAAUCUUAUCUUGGUCUUCUUUCCAUCUUCCCCUGAAACCCUUUUUUCCCUAAUAAUGGAGGAAUCAGAAGAGGGUAUUGUUGAAGUAAGAGAGGAAUGUAUGGUUUCCCCAACUGGUGGAGAGCCUACAAUUAGAAAAGCACAUUUCAUCAAACCUUCCACAGAUUCCAUUACUGAACCCUUCUCCAAACUUCACUUUCUCUCUCUAUCCUCCUUUCCGGCAGCUUUUAACCCGAAAAACUGUGCUUUGGAGGUCAACUUCAAUGGGUGGAGAUACCCACAAAAAGAUUGGACGGCUUGGGUGGAAAAGAUGGCUUCUUUGCACGAGUCUACCUGGAAGAAAGCUGGUAUCUAUGAAGCCAUCAUUACCUCUACUUACACCAUACCUAGAAGUGAUGAUUUGGUCUUUGGGGUUGCAGAGAGAUGGUUUGAUGAAACCAAAAGCUUCAUCUUUCCAUGGGGUGAAGCUACAAUCACACUAGAAGACAUCAUGAUUUUGGGGGGUUUUUCUGUUCUUGGCUUCCCUGUUUUCUAUGCGCUUGAAACUGAUGAAUUGAAGGAGACAAUGGAAAAGCUUGAGAAUGCAAGGACAGAAUUUAGUAGGACUCCAGCUAAAAAGGCGAGGCAUUUACCAUGGAUGAAGAAAUUCAUGGAUACUAAUAGUGAAAUCGAGCACGAGGCACUUUUGGCAUUGUGGCUAUCAAGGUUCGUUUUCCCAUCCGGUCUCAAAUUAAUUACAAAAAGUAUUUUACCUAUUGCUAUACAUCUUGCUAGAGGCACUAGGAUUGCACUUGCACCUGCUGUUCUUGCUAGUAUCUAUAGGGAUUUGAGUGUGUUAAAAGCAGUCUUUGUUUCAAGAAGAGAAUUACUUGAUCAUGAGAAGAGUAGAGGUCAUAGGUUAGCUACUAUUAACAUUUGGUCACCGUUUCAAUUGGUUCAAGUUUGGACAUGGGAGAGGUUCUUAGAGUUGCGACCAAAGCCAAAUUUGAUAAGAAAUGGUGAGCCAAGGUUAGCUAGAUGGCAUGACCUUAAGAGCAAAGUCAAGAAUGUGAGGUCAGUUCUAGACUUAGCCACAGGAGGUUUUGAGUGGCGCCCUUAUGUUAAGACACUAACAAACUGGAAGUUUCCCAAGUUUUAUGAUGAAAGGGGAAUGUGGGUAUCAGUUGAUUCAGGUCUCAAUGAUGAACUGUCGGUGUUUGCUCAAUGCUUGAGGGUGUCAGAACUUGUUGGACUUGACCAUGUAGAACAAUACCUUCCUCAUAGAGUAGCAUUGCAGUUUGGACUGGAUCAAGAUCUUCCUGGUUUUGUUGCUAGAUCAGAUGGCAAUCCUGAAAUUGCUUGGGAUAAUUAUAGUAGGCCAGUUGGUGGUGGGACCCUGUAUAUUCCAUCCAGGUUUUAUGAGGCAGAUGUUACAACCCGUUACUUGGAAUGGUGGAAAGAAUCAGCAUCAAGUCUUCAAGAGCCAGGAGAUUUUUCUGGAAGCUUUAACAUCAGCCCAUUACUUGGAAUGGUGGUAAAUGCAACUUCUACUUUUGGUAUUGCUUGUGCUUUGAACUUGAAACGGAAGACGGAAGUUGACAUUGUAGGUGCUCCUUCGAAGAUUUUGAAAAGUUCAGCUCAAAGUUCUAAAAUAAAGGAGGACAAUUGUGUUUCCGUUCCUCUUUUAUCUCCUCCAAAGAGUUUUCAAGGAGCAAUUGGGUGUUCAGAAGAAAAGAGGAAACCCAUCAUUGCUGCUUCUCGUCUUGAUCUUGAUUCAUACAGUUCAGAAAACUCCAUUCUUGUUUUGGAAGCCAAAAAAAGUGAAAAUAGUAAUUCUGUUUUGGCGAAGUCUCCUUUUAGGACCUCAAAUGAAGUACUUCAUUUUGGAGUUCAGAAGAAACUUGACACUUCCUCUACCUCACCUGCUUUUCCUCCCAAGGGAAAAAUAGUGGAAGCAAACGGUUCCUUUGAUGAAGAUGGCAUGACCACUAGAGAAGUUAUAAGAUCUUUUAGCAAGCAAGAUUGUGAUUGUGAAAAGCCUAGAGAUUCCGAAAGUCAUUCUCUGGAUUCUGUCACUGAAGCUCAACUGACACUUUCAGGUUUGGCAAUAUUGAAAUCUAGAAACAAGCUUGAGAUAGUUGAGUAUAGAGAGUUAAGAAAUAAUGGAAAUUCAUCUCAUCCGUGUCAAGGGCUUCUGUCUUCAACCACCGAGAGCAGAUGUUCGAGAUGUAAGCAGUUGCUUACAGCAUCCUCAGAGAAAUUCAAGCCAAAUGACUCUGCCAAUGGAGGAUCAAAGAUUAGUAUUCCCACUGUGUUUGAGAGUCGUGCAGAAAAUCCCAUCAUGGACAACAGUGGCAGCCCUGAUAGUGAAAAGGAAGAUGGAAAUAGCUAUCUGGUUCAGAUGUCAGGGUUAGACCUUGACACCUGGAUCAUCAAGCUGGAAGGAAUGGUUGGUAGGCUUAAAGCAAUAAGGAAUGGCUCAAAGGUCUAGGAAGUCAAUACUAGCUGCCUGAGUUGGCUUGGUUAGUCUCCUUUUUCUUGAUGCAUGAAGAUGUUGAUUAUGCCUGCUACAAGCCUGUUCACAAUGACUGACCAAUGCACGGUUGUGCAUUCUGUAAUCAGUACUCCUUUUGUUUUGCAUGAGAACAUUCCAUCUUAUGUAUAUAUGUAUAUUAUCAGCUUUUUGCUGACUUACCGAGGAUUUCAUUCCGUAGACCCUUAAUGUACAUUAAUCUCCAGCAAUAUAUUUCUUAGUUACCC